AUGAAUGAGCAUCCUACAGCCCUCGACGCAUCGUCUAUUCUCUCGAGUUUCAUCAAACAACUCUGUGAAAUCCUGCAGCGGAUGUCCAGGCCUUAUCCAGAAGAUGUUGCAAGAGAGAUUAGGAAAUUCUUUGGACACAACAGGGUCAAGGCAGACUUUGACGACCUGAAGGAUAUUUUUACCUACUUUUUCCCUCACGUCUCGAAUACGAUUUAUGUCGUUGAUGGAAUUGAUGCUCUGGAUCGGGAACAUGCCAAAUUUCUUCUAGAAAUUUUCAGGUCACUAUUCGUCAACUCUGGGGCUCAGCAAGGAUCGCGAAUUUUGUUGCUAAGCAGGGACCAGGUUCCAGGAUACAUAAACAUCAAUACGUUCAUGCCUGGAAUCCGACAGAUCUCGACAGCAACUAACGUCAUGGAGGACAUUGAAACUUACAUCGAUUCAAGCAUCACUGAUAAGACUAUGUGCCGAAAAAUUACAGAUGAUUCUUCACUACUGAAAGAGAUUCGGCAAAGGCUUCUGGCAGAGUCUUCAGGAAUGUUUCUAUGGGUGUAUCUUCAGUUGGAGAUUCUUUGGGACACAUGCUACACAGAUGGAGAGAUACGGUCCGCAUUAGUUUCGCUACCAAAGGGGCUUGAAGGCACAUAUGGCCGUUGUAUUGAGAGGAUUAAUCGCAAGGACAGUCGUGUUCUCAAAGUACUCAAGUGGGUUAGCUUUGCGACCAGUCCACUUCAUAUAGAGGAAUUGCGAGAGGCGGUUGCCUUUGACCUAGAGGACACUGCGUGGAAAACCGAAAAAAUCCCGCGGACGGAAUUUGUUAUUGGAUGCUGUGCAAAUCUUGUUGUCCUGGAUUCCACUGACAAUUGUGUGUGCUUUGCACAUUCCUCGGUCAAACAAUAUCUCGAGAAAUGUCGAGAGAGCAACACGAUCCAAGGAUAUCCGACUAGGGCACAGGGCGAUCUAGAGUGUGGAGAGUUCUGUGUUACUUAUCUUUCUUUCUCGGACUUCAGUCUUCAACUAAGCACACGAAGGAAGGAAGAAGUCGCGGUUGCUGUCCCACCUCCGCUUUUACUCGCGCAAGAAACUUUACCUGGACUAUUCCCCAGGCGCUUCUUACAAAAGCCCCGAGAUCAGAAGCGUUCCGUUUCCGUGCAAUUCCGUGAGAUACGCACAGCGUCCACGCCAGAUAGGACACGGUACAGAUUUAUCGAUUACGCUGUUAAAAACUGGGCCUUGCAAACCAAACAGAUACCUCGUACGUCACAAGUCUGGGAGAAGUUUGAACGGCUCGCAACGUGUUUCAACGAGACCUGGAAUUUCCACCCUUGGAUAUCUGGCGGCCGUUCGGCAUCCUCCCGUCUCCACAGUCUCUUUGGAUGGGCCGUGACAGAGCGACAUGAGCCUCUUUUAUCAAUUGCGCAGGCCGCGUUACCCGAGUUAAAACGCGUGUGUGAUCUUCCAGUCAUCGGUGAAAGCCUUCCUGCGCUUCAUGUUGCGGCAAAACUUGGGAAUACAGCAAUAUUCAAGAUUCUGCUGAAUGUCUGCAAAGUAGAUGUGCCAGAUCUAGAAGGAUUCACUCCUUUGCAUCAUGCAGCGAGCAGAGGUCAUCUUGAAAUCUGCCAAUUACUUCUAAGCACAAAGAAGAUGAAAAUGAACGCCCGAUCAAAAUCCCAAUGCACACCACUCUGGCUGGCGGCGAGUAACGGACAUGAGGAGGUCGUUUCUUUCCUCAUAGAGAAGCAAGCAGAUAUCAUGGACAGUGCCACUUUUGCCCAUCAGGUACCGAUAUCACGGGCUGCCGAGAAGGGCCAUGAGGCAGUGGUUAAAUUGCUGCUUGAGAAGGGUGCUGAUCUUGAGGCGAGGGAUAGGCAAUGGGGCCAGACACCACUUUUAUGGGCUGCCGAGAACGGCCAUGAGGCAGUGGUGAAAGCACUGCUUGAUAAAGGUGCUGACCUUGAAGCUAAGGAUGAGCACUGGGGUCGGACAGCGCUUUCAUGGGCCGCCGGAAACGGCCACGGGGUAGUGGUGGAAAUGCUGCUUGGGAAAGGUGCUGACCUUGAGGUUAAGGAUAAAGAAUGGGGUCGUACACCGCUCUCAUGGGCUGCCGAGAAUGGCCAUGAAGCAGUGGUGAAAGUGCUGCUGGAUGAGGGUGCUGAUAUUGAGGCCAAAGAUAAGGAUUUUGGCCGGACACCACUUUCGCUCGCUGCCAUGCAUGGUCAUCCGGUAGUGGUGAGAGUGCUGCUUAAAAAGGGCGCUGAAAUUGAGGCUAAGGAUGGUUUUGGCCAGACACCACUUUCAAAUGCUGCUGGAAGGGGCCAAGACACCGUGGUGAAAGUGCUACUUGAAGAAGGUGCUGAUAUUGAGGCUAAGGAUGAGGAUCGUGGUCGGACACCACUCUCUGAGGCUGCCAAGGCGGGCCAUGACGCAGUGGUGAAAGUUCUGCUUGAAGAAGGUGCCUAUCUUGAGCCUAAGGAUAAUGCUUUUGGCCGAACACCACUCUCUGAGGCUGCUGCGAGGGGUAAUGAGGCAACGGUGAAAUUGCUGCUUGAGAAGGGUGCUGAUAUUGAGGCGAGGGAUAAGCGAUGGGGCAAGACACCACUCUUACAAGCUGCCGGGAGUGGCAGCGAAGCAGUGGUGAGAGUGUUGCUGGAGAAGGGUGCUGAUAUUGAAGCCAAGGACAUGGAAUUUGGUCGGACACCACUCUCAUGGGCUGCUGAGAAUGGCUGGGAGGGCGUGGCGAAAGUGCUACUUGAGAAGGGCGCUGAUCCAGGAUUAGCAUUCCAAGUCCAUAUAGACAAUCCAAAACAGCAUAUGGGGGGAUAA